AUGACCAUCUGCAGAACGUCUGGCUGGAACAACCUCGAGCUGUCCUACGACGACGACAACUACGCCGCCGAGGACACCCGCCAUCGUGACGCCGAUCGCGGUCGGGAUCGCGACUGGGAUCGUGACAGGGCAGAGUACCGCGCCAGAGACUACGACCGCUACUAUCAUGGACCGGCGCGUGAGGCCUACCAGCCACGUUCUGGAUCGAGAGAUCAAGGCGGUAGUGGGGAUGACUAUAUGGAUCGCCGUGAUGAAGACCCUCAGGUACUUCACCCACAUGACGGCGACGACCGCGGAUCACGUCGUUACGAUCGAGGUGGCCGGGGCUACCCUCGCUCUUACUACGACGAUGGCUCUCGCCGCGAUGAUGCCCGACGUGGUCCUGACGAGGAUCUUCGUCAUUUUUCCGCCUCUCCAGGUGACAGCCCAGGUCGUCAUCCUCGUCGCGAUCGUUCUGCAUCGCCUCUUCGACAAGCUGGUGCUCCAAGUGAUACUGUGAUUCUCGAAGGCCUGCCAACUGGCCUGUCUUUGGAGGAUGUGCGAGAUUGUCUUCUUAAACAAGCCGGCCUCUCGCAAUACCCAGCAGUCGACAUCCGCGUUCCGUCGGGACGAGGCCAACGUCGUGCGUUCGUGCAGUUCGAAAACGUCGAAAACGCCAUAGAGUUUGUCAAAGAGAACUACCCUAAGCUGGUGCUUGACUUUGCCGGCUUGGUGGACGGCGACGCCGAUGGAAUGACCUCCAUCUACAUCCAUUACGCAAGGAACCGCGAUGACGCCGAGCGAGACAGUCGUGCUGGGCUCGCACCCAACUGGAACUGUCCGACGUGCGACUUUUCAAACUUCGCGACAAGGAGUCGCUGCAAAAACUGUGGUGGCCCGCCUACAGACCCAUCGCAGUACCGGCAUCUAUUGACGGGCGAAAGCGAUGCGGCCGAUACCCCCUCGCAGAUCCUGGUGUUCUUCCCUUUGGCACCCUCAGUCAACGAGGACGUGUUCUCGGCGGGUGCCGGAAAGCUCCAACUGGUGCAGAAGCCUGCAGCAUCAAGGGGCUCUGGCGACCAGCCGAAGCUCAAGUCUACCGCGCCGACUGGCGACGCAUCUGGCUAUGGUGCAAGGCCAGGCUCGCUACAUCGCACCUUUCUAAUGCGAGACCAAGACACAAACGAAUCAUUUAAUUUUGGCUUUGCUGAAUUCUGGACCGUGGAGGACGCUUUGGCAGCGAUGCAAAAGUUCAAGAUGAUGCGCGAGUUCACUAUUGCCUCGAAGCCCGUGACGGUCUCGACCAUUCAUCUUGGCGUCUUUGUGCCAGAACUCCGGGAGGUCACUCGCGCUAUCGAGCGUGUCUCAUUUAACCCGCUGUUCAACCCGACCCUCCGCGUCAAAUACUGGGAGCCGCAUGUCUACCCUAGUCAGAGGGUGAUCACCGAAGCACCACCCGGUGGUACCUCCGCGGACGGAAGCAAGACUGACGCGAACGAUGAAUCCAAGAAGAGCAAGAAACGCAAGGCAGAUGGAAAUCUGCCCUCUUCAUCAACCAAGAAGUCCGUACCGAUGGCUGGCCAAAUGGCGUUCUGGCAGAGGCGGCAUGAUGAGAUCCAUGAAGGCAAGCGAGCCGCGGAUGCGGCCACCGGUAACGACAACGGUGCCGACCAGCGUCAGUCCGAAGAGCGCGCACCGGUCAAGAUUUCGCUGUCCGGCUCAAACGCAAUUUCUACCGGCCCAAUCAAAAUCUCGCUGACGGGUGCGAGCCUAUCGAGAUCCCCGGCACCAACAGCGACGCCACCCAGCGAGGUUGCAAUGCAAUCCGGAGGCCCGACAUCCGUACCCGCAACAACGACUGGCGGUGGAACUCCAGACUCGGCCUCCACGGCGGAAGCAACGGUAUCGUACGUCGACCGCGAAAAGAUCUGCUGCCUGAUCUGUAUGAUGAAAUACAAGACCUUGGAUGACCUCAACACGCACGAGAAAUCGAGGAACCACAAGAACGCCAUGGCAGACGAGGACAAGGUCAAGGCCGCCAAGCCGCGACUGGCCGCUCGAGACAAGAGGAUGGCGGCGGCGAAGCAGGCGGAAGAGCAGCCGAAGAACGAGGAAUCGGGACCCCAGUACCGAGACCGAGCCAAGGAGCGGAGAGAGGUCUUCAACCAGCCUGCGAAACCCAAGGUUCCCGUGCAGAGCGGCAAGCCCGCACGCAAAGACGACAAGCCAGCCGCGCGCCCGCCCGCCGAGAAGACGCCGCCCCCGGCCCCGGCUCAGUCCAAGGGCGCGGGGAUGCUGGCGAAGAUGGGGUGGAGCACGGGUCAGGGUCUCGGCGCCAAGGGCGACGGACGCACCGAGGUGAUUGCGACGCAUGCGCGUCGGUCUCGGCGCGGAGGGGGCAACCUCGGCGACGCGGCGGAGCUGGCGCAGCGCAAGACGAAGAACAGCUAUGCCGAGUACGUCAACACGGUGCAGGACAGGGCCAGGGAGCGGUACAACAAGUUGGGUUGA